AUGGUAUUACCAUCAAACUUACAAGGUAAUCUAACGCCUACAGAAAUAAGCUUUUUAGCAGAAAAUGAACUAAUAACUAUUUUACCAAGAUAUUCCAUGAAAAAAAUAGAUCUAAUAGGUACGAGGAUACCCAAUUUACGAGCAAUGAGAAGAGAGAAAGUCCCAUUAUGGGUGGCAUUAAUACUAAAAAAUCAAGAUAAAUGUAACAUAGUCCCACCAAAAUGGUUAAAUAUAGCAUAUUUAAAAGAAAAAUACGAUGAUGAAGUAAGAAAACCAACUCAAUUUAGUGACUUACCGUGGAAUUGGCUCGAGAUGUCCAAAAUAAUAUUAACUAAAGCAUCAGAUGAUUUACAAGAUUCAACUGAUGAAAUAAGAUCAAUAAUUCAAGAUUUAAGAGAAGUUAGGUUAAUUAAAUCACGAAAAGGUUUAAAAGAAUUAAAUGAAUCUAAUAUACAAUUAAAUGGAUUAUCUCUAAUGGAAAUUAAUGAAAUUAGACCUUUUGUUUUACCUGUUAUGAAUAAAUUACGACAAUUGCAUGAUACUACUUUGAAACAUAGAGAGAACAAUGAUGAUAUGGAUGAAAAUUCAGAUGAAGAGGACUAA